AUGAUAAAAAGGCACGCCUUUUCGUUUUCCGGUUGGAUUGUUACACUUCUUUUUGCCCUGGCUUGGCGGCAAAAUUUAAAACAGAGAAAUGAAAUAGAAAUUAAACAAAAUUCAGAAGCACAAUCUUCAGUUGAUACUGCAAAAAUAAAGAAAAAACCAAGAAAAUUAUAUUUUGCAAUCGAAUCUCUUGACCCCUGCGAAGAUAAAGACAGUGAAUGCAAAGAAAACUACCAUCUUCAACGAGCAUUUCUACGGGAUCAUUAUAACAAGUUUGGUCUCGCUUCAGAAGACUGGACGGUCGAUUUGAAGUUUUUUAUUCAUGGAAAAGCGAUGUCGAAAUAUACGUUUUCUGGCGAAGAUUUAGUUUUCAGAAAUACACGCGGGCUAAAUUACGACUCGCAAUAUGAUCCCACCGCUAGUGCUACUCCCGCACAACCGUAUGGAACCUUACUCGGUUUUGGAACGCAAACUUAUUUGUUUUACGAAAAAAUUUUCGAUUUCGACGCUGCCUUUAUCAUGGAUCUCAACAAUGCCUACAUCUCUGAGGAUAAGUUACGAACAGCGCUGGAGAUGCUAGACUCAACAGACAUCAUCAGGCUCAGAGCGGACGAACAAGCUCAUGCUCCCCAUCAACUAGCGCUCAGCAAGAAAGGCCUCCGAGCAGCUGGAGAGCAUUGUUACCUUCAAUUCGCAGAACAUCCGACAGAACGAAACAUGUCAACAAUCAACGGCUUUUCAAUGCCACACAAAAUCCAGUGGAACGACAUCACAAAACUCCGCCACAAUUUGCACCAAAAAGUCACCAGCGGCGAGCUCUCUUACGUCGAAAGUGACAUUCUAAGCGAGAACCCAGACAUUUACCAACACUACUUUGGAGUUUCCAUGGAGCAAUAUUGUUCAAAGACGAAUCUGAAUAAAUGGGUCUAUUCUCCGUCCGACUCGAAUGAUCAUUCCGAAAUCGAUUUCUUCUUUACACCGAAGUCACCAUGCAAGCCAGCACGCGAGGAUCCAAAAGCAAAUCUGCAAAUAACAACGAUUUUCACUCAAACAAGAUACGAGCUACUUCAAAGGAAGCUUUUCAGAGAGCAGCUGAAAAAAGACAGAAAUGUCUGCGAAGAAUCCAACUGCAAUAGGCACGGUUUAUACAGCAAGCACAACUUCUACUACUUUCUCAUGGGCCGAGCAAACAAACGAGAACUCUACGAGUACACGAGAUCCCUUCUCCUUGACGACGAACUCAACGCAGAUAUCAUCGUCGCCAAUUAUACCGAAGAGCACGAAAAUAUUCUCUACCUGAGUCAAGAAAUCACAAGAAGCCACGAAGCCGCUCUUCAGUACAUCAAAAAUUGCGGCAAAAAUUUUGGCGAAGUCUUUAUUAUCGGCCGUUUGGGAUCGAGCCUCAACUUUGACGUGAUUGAGGAGAAAAUCUUGAAAGUCUAUGAUCAUAAGAUGCAGAACUCUAUCAUUUGCCUGGAGGAAUUGGUUCAUGAGCAAAUGCCGAGUUACUUUGAUAAUCAAAGAUUCAUUAUCGCCGGCACCUUUCCAAAAGCUACAUUCUACCCCGAUCAUUGUGUUGGCGCCUUUCUCGUAUCAAAAUCAACCGCAUUGAACCUUCUCGAGAAUAUUCCAAAAGUUCCCCGAAACCGUCUCAGAAUAGAAGACGUCUUUAUUUCUGGUAUGGUUCGUGAGGCCGCAAAAAUUGAGAUUAUGGCUGCACCGACAGGAGCCGCGAAAUUAGAGAAAAAAUGGCUACAUUAUGUCUAA